CAAAAGGUCCUCUGCUUUCUCUUUUCUCUCUCUCUCUCUCUGCGUGUCUUCUAUGGCUUUUUAUCUUCUUCUGUCUCUGCCCAAACAGUCCUUGAUUGCUUUUGCUUGAUUCUUCCACCCCAAACCAAAACCAAACGAACGAACUACAAGACGAACGGACCAAGAUUCUCAGCGUCCGACUCAGGAGAUAAUACGCUGCUUCUCGGAGAAUUUUUGCCGGAAACUUCGGAGGCGCCGGGGUGCUGAGACUCGCUCUCGGCCCGUAGAUCUUGAUUCUCCGAAACCAGGUGCGGAGAGGCUUUUUUCAGAGUCGGUGGAUUCUGAAUUUUUUGUUGUUGUAACAGAGCAGAGUGUUUUUUCGGCCUCUUAGUCGGAGCGCUGGUCUUGUUUGAAAGAAAAAGCUUGGUGCUUUGGACUUGUUCACUCUCAUGAAACUGAGGGUUUUGAAAUUCUGAAUUCUCCGCAGAUAUGGAUUUGAAGAACAAGAGUCCAAGAAUUCUCAAGAUUUUGGAGUAAAAACGCGGCAGGAAAUUUUUGCUGGUUGGCUCAUGUGUGCUGUCUAAGCAUUUACUGAGAGCUAAGAAGAAAAGGGGGUUUGCAAAAUUUUGAUUCUUUUUCUUAGAGAGAUUUGGAGAUGAUUACGUUUAUGGAUUCGAAAGAAAAAUUGAAGGAGGGAGAGAAGUGCUUGGAUCCUCAGCUAUGGCAUGCCUGUGCUGGAGGGAUGGUUCAAAUGCCAUCGGUGAAUGCCAAGGUUUUUUACUUCCCUCAGGGCCACGCCGAGCACGCUUGUGGCCCAGUCGAUUUCAGGAACUGCCCGAGGAUUCCGCCUUACAUACUCUGCAGAGUCUCGGCCAUCAAGUUCAUGGCUGAUCCUGAGACUGAUGAGGUUUAUGCCAAGAUUAGGCUGGUUCCUUUGAGCUCCAGUGAGGCUGGUUAUGAGGAUAAUGGAAUUGGGGGGAUUAAUGGGGGUGAUUCGCAAGAUAAGCCAGCCUCAUUUGCGAAGACUCUGACUCAGUCGGAUGCUAACAAUGGUGGGGGGUUUUCUGUGCCGAGAUACUGUGCUGAAACCAUCUUUCCCAGAUUGGACUACUCGGCUGAUCCUCCUGUGCAGACAAUUCUUGCUAAGGAUGUUCAUGGCGAGACUUGGAAGUUUAGGCACAUAUAUAGGGGCACGCCGAGGCGGCAUCUAUUGACCACCGGGUGGAGUACUUUUGUGAACCACAAGAAGCUUGUUGCUGGGGACUCGAUUGUGUUUUUGAGGGCGGAGAACGGUGAUCUUUGUGUUGGAAUUCGGCGAGCCAAGAGGGGAAUUGGGGGUGGGCCGGAGUCAUCUUCUGGGUGGAAUCCGGCGGGUGGGAAUUGUGCCAUGCCAUAUGGAGGGUUCUCUUCCUAUUUGAGGGAGGAUGAGGGGAAACUGAUGAGAAAUGGCAAUGGUAAUGGCUCGAAUUCGAAUGGAAGUCUAAUGGGGAAGGGGAAAGUUGGUCCUGAAUCGGUUUUGGAAGCUGCAACACUUGCUUCAAAUGGACAACCCUUUGAGGUUGUUUACUACCCUCGAGCAAGUACUCCAGAGUUUUGUGUGAAAGCCUCGUUGGUGAAGGCAGCAUUGCAGAUCCGUUGGUGCCCCGGAAUGAGAUUUAAGAUGGCCUUUGAAACCGAAGAUUCUUCCAGGAUAAGUUGGUUCAUGGGAACCAUAUCCUCUGUUCAUGUUUCUGAGCCUAUGCGCUGGCCUGAAUCACCUUGGCGGCUUCUCCAGGUUAGCUGGGAUGAACCUGAUUUGCUUCAGAAUGUUAAGCGCGUUAGCCCGUGGCUGGUAGAAUUGGUGUCAAACAUGCCCGCCAUCCAUCUGACACCCUUCUCACCACCAAGGAAGAAGAUGAGACUGCCACAACACCCCGAUUUCCCGUUUGAGGGACAACUUCCAAUGCCGACAUUUUCCGGCAAUCACCACCUCCUUGGAACCAGCAGCCCCUUCGGUUGUCUGCCCGACAAAACUCCUGCUGGCAUGCAGGGAGCCAGGCAUGCUCAUUACGGUCUAUCCUUAUCAGAUAUCCACCUCAAUAAACUGCAAUCAGGUCUAUUUCCGGCUGGUUUCCCGCCACUUGAUCAUGUUGCUACUCCCACCAAAUUCUCCAAUAACACAAUGAUUCAAAGGCCUACCAUGAGCGAGAAUGUGUCUUGCUUGUUAACUAUGGCACAUUCUCCACAGUCUUCAAAGAAACCCGAUGAUGUAAAGCCACCGCAGCUCAUGCUCUUCGGUCAACCAAUACUUACUGAGCAGCAAAUCUCUAUGAGCUCCUCUGGCGAUACUGUCUCACCAGUGCUUACUGGAAAUAGUUCGUCAGAUGGAAGUGGAGAUAAAAUGGCAAACCAUUCUGAUAAUUCUGGAUCUGCACUUCACCAACAAAGCGUACAAGAGCGAUCAUCCGGUGAAGGUUUCCAUUGGUAUAAGGACACUCGGCAUGAAGCUGAACCAAAUUUGGAAACUGGUCACUGUAAAGUCUUUAUGGAAUCUGAAGAUGUAGGCCGCACUCUUGACUUUUCACAGUUCAAGUCUUAUGAUGAAUUGUAUACGAAACUGGCAGACAUGUUUGGCAUAGAAAAUUCCGAGACACUGAACCAUGUGCUCUAUCGAGAUGCUACUGGUGCAGUCAAACACAUUGGAGACGAACCAUUCAGUGACUUUGUGAAAACGGCAAGGAGAUUGACGAUUCUAAUGGAUUCAGGCAGCAACAAUGUAGGAAUGUAAAGAAAGAAUAAAAACUCUUGAUUCAAAUUGUACAGCUGGUUGAUAAUCCUUUGUUUAUGUGCUGACAUUUUACUCUUCCUGAAGUUGCGGGAGAAGUCGCACACCUGAUUUUUGAGCUUCCAAUCUAAACCUUUCCGGUUUCUUUGUCCAUCUUCCUUUCUCGAAGAAGGAACAUAUAGCUUUCAAGAAUCAAAACUCUUUAACUACAGAAUCAUCAUUCCCUCAGCAGUUUUGUUGGUCUGGUUUCCAUUUCGAGGUUUCUACUUGGUUUUUCGUUGCGAAAGUGUUUUAGUCUUCUAAGAAGGCAGUUUAAAUUGAGUGAAGAUGUACAUUAGACAUUUCAACUGAGUUUGAGUAGAAGGAAAAGUUUCCUAUUUGGCUCGUGUCUUUUCCUUUCCAAAUAUAUAGACUCUGUACUCGCAAUGAAGUAAAUGCAAUUGCUUGGCCUUUUCUA